UGCUCAGUUGCUGGUGGUCAAAAUGUUCGUUGUAAACAAAGUUUAAUAAUUAUUUGAAUAUGCUGACUUUGAACGUUUGUCUUUGGUCUGCAUGAUAAUCGAAGCAGGAUUUCGAAGUAAAGAAUAUGGAGGAGUUUUAUGAGCGCUAUCUUCGAGUGUGCAAAGAGUGUGUUGUUACUCCAUUGGAAUGUGUGUUAUCUCAACUGCAGCGUCCUGCUGAAGACGAUGGAAGGAUACUUGACCUAUCAUCUUAUAACUUUACUCCGGACGACUGCAAUGCACUCGCUAAAACGCUAUCGUACGAUACAUAUUUUAAAGAAGUUCGUUUUAACGACUGUUUACUGAGUGAAGAUGCUUCCAAGAUGCUUUUAUAUGGUUUGCUUCGCAGUCGUUCACUUGAAACGAUCGACCUAAAAGGCAACAACUUACGUUGUCCUGGCGCCGAGGCUGUUGGCAUUUUCCUGAAGAAAAACCUAUCGCUUCGCUGCCUGCGUUUGGACUGGAAUUCUCUGGGUCUGUGGGGCACCGGUGUUGGAGCCAUAGCCGAAGGGUUGGCUGUCAAUCAAACUGUAGUGUUACUCGAUUUGAGAAAUAAUCAAAUAUCCCAUGAAGGGGCAACAGAGUUGGCUUCAUGUCUCAAGAGAAAUUCAACUCUUAAAGCAUUGGAUUUGCGUUGGAAUAAUGCUGGCUUACUUGGAGGACGUGCAUUUUUAACUGCCCUGCAGUAUAAUAAAUCCCUAACAUUGUUAGAGUUACAAGGUAACAAUGUUCCUCAAGACAUUCUCAAAGCAAUUGGUGUUGCCAUCAAGUUAAAUGGCGAACGAGAAACAGCACGAAAUAAGGAAAACGCAAGAACAGAGAAAAUGAUUCGAACAAUUGAAAAGAUUGAACUUGAAAAUACAAUGCAGGUUUCCAUGUUGCAAGAUAAACUAGAAGAGCAAAGCAGAGUCAAUGAAGAGCUUUCGAAAUCAAAUCAUAGCAAAAUCAAGCGGCUCAAAGAAUCGCUGGACAAGAAUAAAGCUUCUGCUGAAGAGAUCAGCAAGGAACUGCAAUCAACAAAAAGCGAACUGAAGACGAGAAACCGGGAAAAUUUGAGUUUGAAUGACUUGAUAAACGAAUUGAAAAACGAGUUAUCUGCAGAGAAAGCAAAAAGAGAACAGCUAGAAAAUGAUGUUCAUCUUUUGAAGGAAAGCCGUUCAAAACUGGAGCGAAAUGUUAUUGAAUUGGAAGCAAAAAAAGAAGAAUUACAAAACGUGGCGGGUGGGUUGGAAAAUGAUAUCGCUAGAAUAAAUGUUGAACAAUUAACGAAACUUAAAGAGAUGGUCUCAAAGCACGAGGAGUCCGUUGCAUACGCCAACGGCGAACACGCCAGUGAAGUGAAACAUUUACACUCGAAUUUCAAAGAAAAAGAAUCGAUAAUGAAAGGCAAAAUCGAAGUCUAGAGAAAGAGAAGAUGGAAGCUGAAGAGAAGAUCAGUCAACUCAAGUCUGAGAUAAUGUCAAACAAAUUAAAAGCCGAAGAAGAUGUGUUCAACUUGAAAACCCAACACAAACAUGAAGAUCUUGUAAAAUCCAAACAAUACGAAGACAGGAUAAGCGCUUUGCAAACCUCAAGAGAUGAACAGCACAUUCAAAUUAGCAAGUAUCUCAGCCAAAUCUCAGAAUUGCAAAGGGAACUAAGCCUGAAAGAAAAAAUGUUGACUGAACUUAAAGAGGAGACAGACGCUGCAACCAGAGAAAUGCAUCGAAAGGAAAGCAACCAAAAAACUGAAAUAGGUCUCUUAAAGAUGGACCUUGAAUCAGAAAAAAAGGUACAAGAUAGUCUAAGAGAUCAAAUGUCGAACCUAGAGCUGAACAUAAAAGAGAAUGGCAGAAAACAAAAGGAAUUGAUUGCGGAGAAGGAUCGUGAAAUCGAGUCCCUUGAAGAAAGGUUACAAACAAGAGAAACUGAUCUCAAAAGACGACGCGAGGACGAAAUCCGAAGAGCUGAUCUUCUUGAAUCUGCAAUAUUUACAUAUGUGAACAGCACAAGGUCUUCGAGACCACCAUCCCCUUCCAAGUAAUCUUCCUUCUUUUGUGUUACUCUGUUCAUCAUUUCUUCAUUCGUGUCCAACUGUGUUAUCAGUAUCGUCGUGCAGCGCUACUAGGCACUUUAAACAGGAUUUCAAUGAUAUUUUAUUUAAAUAUUGUGGUACUAAGGGUUCUGUUGUAGACUUGUGGUGAACUGGAAGCCCAAAUACAGCAGGAACUGACUUGUGAACUAUUAGGCGAGCACCAUUGGUGCGAGCAUUAGUUGUCUUGCAUGUUGGAGAGUUGUAAUAUUUAUGUAUACUACCUAGAGAAAGAAUGAG